AUGGGAUCCAUUCCUGCUGACAUAAUCAGACUUUUAGAAGACUGUGAGCUGUACGUGUCGAGUAUCCUUCAGGAUGAAGACCUCGGUGAACACGCUAAGGAAACGAGGGAUAUCUUGCUGAGGAACUUUCGUGUCGUCCACAACAGGUAAAGUCUGUCAGCGCCUCACUCCCUUCACUCGCAACAUGAGGACAGUUCGGACGACAACCACAGCUCCAGCCUGGGCCGCUCUGCUCCCUCUGACGACAUGUCGGUGGCGUCCGACUACCAGGAGGAUGUCGCCCAGGAGUAUGCUGAAGAAAUUCCUGCAGUCGCAGUCCAGGAGCUGAGCAACAUUUUGAAGCAAGGCUACCUGGACAAGAAAAGACGUGACCACAGCUUCUUUGGGUCAGAGUGGCAAAAACGAUGGUGCGUCCUUAACAACACCAUAUUCUACUACUUCGGGAGUGAGAAAGACAAGCAGCAAAAAGGUUCAUUUUACAUUAAUGGCUACAGAGCGGAAAUGGCUCCCAAUUUACGCAAAGAUGCCAAGAAGAAUUCCUGCUUUGAGAUGACUGCCCCUGGAAGACGCUCCUACCAGUUCACUGCCAGCAGUCCCCGUGAGGCCAGGGAGUGGGUGGACCAGAUUAAUUUCGUUCUAAAGGACCUGAGCUCCAAUUUCAUCCCAUUCGAUGAUGACGAGGAAGAGGAAGAGCAGGGCGAGGAAGACAUGUACGACGACAUCGACAGGUCGACCACGCCUCCCCCCCGUCCUGCUCAGGUGUCUGCCGGAGCCCUGGGCCCCGCGGCGGCACCGUCGCCGGCUCUUUCUGCCCACAGCAGGCAGGGCGAGUGGAGGAGCCAGUCUGGGGGUGGGACUGGUGAGGAAGAAGACGAUGAAGACAUUUACGAAGUGCUUCCAGAGGAGGACUUUUCAGACCACUCCGAGGAGAGCAGUGAGAGGAGCCAAAAAACAGAUUAUGCCAAUUACUACCAGGGCCUGUGGGACUGUGAAGCAGAUGAGCCCGACGAACUGCCCUUUCAGAGGGGAGAUGUCAUCUACAUCAUCAGCAAGGAAUACAACAUCCACGGCUGGUGGAUUGGGGAGCUGGACGGUGCCAUUGGUAUUGUCCCCAAAGACUUCUUACACCCUGCCUACAUCAUCUGA